AUGCCACAAACAUCCAGGUCAAUCCAGCCAAGGGCCGUCCCUCCCUCCGAAUCCCAUCAGAUCGCGACGUCAAAUGAAACCCUCAACUUGCUCCUCGGCGGUCGCAAUCAUUCUUGGAUGACCACCGGUUCAUCUACAGACUUCGCUCCCAGGCAGGAACCCAGACCCUCCCAGGUCAAACCUCGAAAGCGAGGACGCCCAACAGCAGAGCCCGCUACCGAACCCGUCACCACCGCUCUCCUGCCUACCCCGAACGAGACUGCUCCACAGCAUGGGAACAUUUCCAUCGGUCACGUUGUUAAUCAGCCGACAGCUUCUGUUGAAACAAUUAGAGCUUCAACUGUCCUCCCUUCCCCAGCACUGACUGACGCACCGAGCCCGAAUGUUGCAAACCAGCACGACUGCGCCAACACUUUGCCAACCGCCCACCCCGAGGGCACAGCAUCGAGGCACCCUCUCCCUAACGGCGUGGACCGAGACGGCGCAGUACCCUUUUCAAAUAUUGCUCCGGCUCUCCAGGAGCAAACCUCGAAUUCUACGCCUCCUCAUCCACCCCCAACCGAACCGCCGAGCCGUAACAUGACCGUUGACUCUACCCCGUCUGUCUCAGUCAAUCAAGCAGGGGCAUUGCCGAUACCCUUCCCAGUUAGCGCGCAGGUUCCAGCUGCCUUGGUCAACCAAGCAGCGGUGCUACCAGCAUCCCUCCCAGCAAACGCGCAGAUCGACGUUGUUGCACCUCCAGAACUCAGGGCAAGGACCAAUGGACCUAACUCUGAUGUACAUCUACAUCGGGCGAAGCGCGCCCGUGUUCAAGGCCCGGCCACACCCAACGAGUUGAGAAACCAGGCGCUGUCUAUGCAAUGGAAAGAAACCAUUACUAGCCGCGUGAAAGGGUGCGAUAGCGCGGGACUUCUGAAUGACAAUGUCGAGAAACCUCGUUACAGGAUCUUGAUUGAAGCAUGUGCAAAUACCGAUCACUUCUACAUCGCACUUCAUCAAAUCCUUUGUGCUUGGUCCUUGGAUAAAGCACCAGUCCACAAGAUGUUCCAGGGUCUAGUCGACCCUAGCCAAGUUGAUGGUUCCUUUGAAACAUUACAGACCGUCCUCAGAAAUAACCAAGCCAUGUCGGUUUCUCAUCUGGAAUGGUUUGCCAACUUUCCUGUUCCUCUGGCGGAAGUCUUGAGAGUAUUUCAUCCAUCCUCCCUGGCCAAGGACAUUGGCACGUUUCUGAUCCAGCUCUCAUUGAAUUGGUAUAAUCUCAUUCAAUCUGUUGGGAGCCGGAUGCAUCCGCUCCUUGCCUGCGAGCUGAUCGAGCUACUCCGAUGCCCUUCUCAGGGGCUGCAGGCCAUGUUCUUUACCAUGAGUCGCAGAUGGCUCGGCAUUAAAGACGGCCCUGUAGCAAAUGCGAUAAACGACAUCUUUGAGACGGAUCGAACUAAUGAAGCUGCUGCGGCCGAUCGCGGCGACACUCCUGAGAAGAUCAACCAAGCUCGGUCUCAGAUCAUAGCCCAGUACUCAAGUCUUGUAGUGCAAGAACAUCAACGUCACCAGAUUCAAAUGCAGCAUCAACAAUUACGACAGCAGCAACAACUCCCAGCUAAUGCAAUGCUCUCUCCUGCAAUCGCUCACGCUGCCCCGAUCGCUGAACGACGUGGACAACGCUCAGUGCCUCAAUCGCCUGUAGUCCCAUCUCACACGGCGGUAUCAUCACCAGCGUUGGCACAAUCUCCCUCAGUGCCUCAGUUCGACGCAUUGGCCCCGCGUCCCUCGAUUAGCGAUCGCAGAGUGUCAAGUCCAGCAAUCACCAACCAACAUCCCCCACCGGGCAGUCCGGCCCUCCAGGAGCAUCUAAGGUCUGGUCCUAACUAUGUGCCAGCCGAUCCUCGGAUAGCUCAGCCUCCAUCUACUACCAACUAUUACUCCCCACGGAUUCAACCACCAUCCUUACCCGGGGCGGCCAGUGCUGGGCCCUCACCAUCACAUUCAAGGAAUGGAUCUCAGAGUACACCGCAAACCCCUGUCUUGCCCUCCCAGGGCCAACUCCAGGCUCCUGUUCUCUUAUCAAAUGGACCACCGGUCCAUCCGCAAAGGAGAGCAGCCUCUAUUGCAUACCCGUCGCAGUCAGUUCCCAAUGCCCAGGGGGGUUACCUGCAACAUCCUCCGACCGUCCAGCCUCACUAUAUUGAACAAGCUCCGCAAUCUGGGCCUCGUCAAGUCAUGAAUCCGGCCCCAAUGGCACAUCCUCACACCCAGAUGAUGCAUCCCCAUCAAGCAGUUCAACCUCUUCCCCACAUGCAGCACGCCGUGUUGACACCCACUUCGCCAAACUACCCUCACCUAGUACAAGCAUUGAUGCCGCAGCAUCAAGCAUACCAACCACCUGGUGUCCACCGACCAGUUCCUCCGAGACGGGCAUUCGCACCAAUCCCUGAGACAGAGUACCCAAUGAGUCCGUACGGCCGAGUGUCGCUCCAGGUUGGUCUGCACAAGGUUGGCCUGCGUAGCCCUCGGCGCGUCCCUGCACAACCGGCGAAUACUCGUUAUUACCAAUACAUCAAACAGUUUGCGCUUCAGCCCAUGUUGAUUGCGCCACAAACAGGUCUACGAAUAUUCAGCUUCAACGUGCCCAAAGAUCACAUGCGGAGGCUUGCCAGGAAGACUCAAGGAGAAGGUCUCCCAUACUGUUAUUACUCUGAAGGCUCUUGUCGAUACAGACUUCGUACCUGCGCGCGGUCUGCCAAGGAGACAGCGGUUCAAGAGGCAGAUUGGGUGCUGGCAGCAGCACAGUGGCCUCCUUACAUCUUUUUCGAUCUCAACCGUACCUGCAUGGAGUUGCGUCGAAAGCAGCACUUCCAUAAGGAUCAGCCAAUGGAGCUGACCGACUUCUUGGUUGAGGGCGAGAACAGUUUAAGAUUGAGUUUUCCUCAAAAUCCACAAAAUCAAAGACUGAGCGUCAAGUAUUUCUUAGCAGUUGAGAUUGUGGAGACCAUUAGCCACGAUUCUGCCAUGAAGAUGAUCGAGACAGGACGAAGAAUUCCAAUGGAGGAUACGAAGCGGAAGAUACAAGGACGGUUACGCGGCUCGGACUCUGACGAUGUCAUCAUCGAGGAUGAGACUCUGUCGGUCUCGUUGGCAGACCCUUUCAGUGCAACUAGGUUCAACAUUCCUGUUCGAGGGGCUCAUUGCCAACACCUGGAGUGCUUCGACUUGGAGACGUGGCUCCAGACGCGGCCCCAGAAACCGGCACAACAAGGGGGGGGAGCGUCGCAAGUAGGGGACGAGCCCUCGCUGGUGGAUGUGUGGAAAUGCCCAAUUUGCGGGCAGGAUGCCCGCCCCAGCAGUCUCUGGGUUGACGACUACCUUGUCGGUGUUAGACAGGCUUUGGUGGCCAAUGGUGACACGCGGACAAAGGCCAUCACGAUAGAUGCCACGGGAGCGUGGUGUGCUGUCGAGGAGCCAGAUGACUCUGAUGAUGACGAGUCACCUGGGCCGAGGCCCCUAACAGUGGCCAAAAGGGAUACUCGGCGGUCUGAAUCCACCAUGCCGGCACGAGCGGCUGUGAUUGAAAUCCUAGACGACGAUUAA